AUGUCUUCAAACUCUCCCCCAGCAUACACCAACCCCGUCGACCCCAAACUCGACCCCAAACACCACCGCCUCCCACCCUACCGCGCCAAACACAGCUUUGCAAACAGCGCCGAAGAACUCGCCGCCCUCAACGAGUUCGCCGAGUCCAAACUCUACGUCAACCCUGGGUCGGACGGCACUCUUCCCGACUUACAGAACGGGGGCUGGGGCUUGAAGUCGCUGGCGUGGGGUGGACCCAUGCAGGGUGAAGUGCCGGGCGACAGGGGUUGGCCCGCGCCAGAGACGGCCGAGGAGAGGAAACGGAGGAGAGAGGCCGAGAAGGCGAGGAAGAAGGAGGAGCGGGCCAGCAAGGGGAAAGGGAAAGGGGGUGUAGGGGAGAGGUUGAAACGGGUCAUAAGUGGAGGGAGUGUGAAGGAGGGAGGCAGGUAG